GUUCAGUGUGGAUGAAGCGACGCAUCUCGUCUCUGCAGGACCUCCGAGCUGCGGAGCAACAAUUCACCACAACAAGGGCAUCUGCCUCGCUCUCCGGCUCCCAGCAUGAUGAAGGAAUGCCUGCAGUUCCUCAUCGAGCCGGCCAAAAAGCUUAAGAUCCGACUGAAGGAGUCUCGUAAGCGGGUGAAACUGGAGAAGAAGGAGCCGCUGGUGGAGAGUCAGUUGUUCAUCAUGGAAUUGGCCCGAGAACUCAACAAAAUCUGCCAGAGGUCCAGCAUCCUCAGCCACAUCUGGACCAGUGAGGACAUCUGGCCGCCCGGCGUGUGUCGGGACUUUAUUGUGGAGUGGGCCGCUGUGUUGGAGAAGAGAGUGCAGCCGAGGGUCAUCCUGUCUGAAUACCCGUAUGAGAAAGCUGACAAGAAAGACUGGAAGGGACACCUGCUGUGCAUGCUGGAGGCGGGGGGGGAGUGCGACAUGGGGCCCCACAAAAGAGUCAUCAUGGACUGGACGUGGGAGAUUAAAAGCAGACCUCAGCACACCGUCUGGCCAGGCGAGCCCGUGCUCAUGGUGCUCGACGACUUGGAGUUCCAGUGGAAGAGGGGGCGUCUCCCCAACCUGCUCCCAGCCAUGGAGCUCGUCAUGCUGGCCGUGAUGAACGCCGACAGUCCCGUCAAGGAGGACGUGACGAAGCGAUGGCUGGUGAGAAAGCAGCGGAGCCAGAAGAUCGACGCUGCACGCUACAUCCCUCACAGCCUGUGGAAUUGGAUUUGCGACGCUGCAGAGGAAGUCACUCUGGACUCAGACUCUGCAAACCCCGACCUGCUCAUCUCCAGCGAUGAGAAGCGCAUGCGGUGCGGCCUCGAGCACCGGGAGGUCCCGCGGUGCCCGCGACGCUUCAACGGCUGGUGGUGUGCCGUGGGCCAGGAGGGGUUCGCGUCCGGACGGCACUACUGGGAGGUGGAGGUGGGGGAGCGGGACUGGCGGCUCGGCGUGGUCAAGGCGUCCGCGGUGAGGCAGGGCUACCGCUCGCUCACCACAGACACGGGCUACCUGACCCUCCGCCUGGAGAGGGGCGUGGAUCUGAAAGCUCUGACGGUGCCCGCCACGCCGCUGUCAUACAUCCUGGUGCCCAGGAAAGUAGGGGUGUACCUGGACUAUGAGCAGGGCCAGCUGUCUUUCUACGACGUGGAGAAGCGCUCGCACCUGUACACCUACAACGACAAGUUCACAGAGGAACUGUUCCCCGUGUUUGGGACUGUGGAGGUGAUCAAAGAUCUGGUGAUCAGGCCUGCAGAUGUCAGACAGCCGUGCCUCUGCUCCGGGCCCUGCCUCUGGAACUGA